GUGUCCGUCAGGACAGCGAGGAAACAGGGCAGGAGUGUGCGGGUCUGGCGAAGAGCCCCCGAGCGCAGCCCAAGUCGUUUUGCUUUACCUUUGGCAGCCCCACAGCUGCUGUAUCCCUACCCUUAGCCUUCAUCCCUCGGGAUGGAGAAGAAACCUCCUAAACGCCCUAAGGUGGCCUGGAAGGAGAUUAGGGCUCCCCAUGAGAGAAAAUCUCAACCAGAGCCCUAUGAAUUGACUGAGGUGCAGCCUCUGCACUGUGGUGCUGAUUCCCUGCCUUUCUCUGAAAAGGAGGAGGCCAUGGAUGUCAUACAGAAGUACCUCAGGAGUACAGAAAAGGACGAGCUGUUGAAGAUGAUGUUCUUGGAGAGCAUCUGCAACAUCUGCAAAGUCAGCAGUAAGAAGGACUCAUGUGAGGGCCUGGCUGUUUUCUGCCAUGAAAAUAACUUGGCAGAGAAAAUCAAGGAGCUGCUGGAGAAUGAGCCUGUGGACAAGCUUUGCACAGCAUUGCGGUACCAGGCCAUGCUUGCGAUCACCAGCUUGAGCAGAGUGAAGGCCAUUGAGCAGGAUGAAAUAAGAGGUCUCUUAAAUGCCUGCUUCAAAUCUGUCUUCUACCUUCCACCAAGAGAGGACUUGAACAUUGCCCUCUACAAUCACACCCUGCAUGCUAUGGACCACAUGCUGCAGAUGUUGGUGGUCAGCCAGCUUACCUCCAACAUUGAGAAGCUGUGGAAUAUCUUGGAGGUGCUGAUAUGCUUCACCAACACCCAGAACAAAAUUGUACAAGAAAGGGCCAUGGAACGGCUCUGGAAUCUCAGCAGUUUCAUUGCCAGCAAUAGCAAUUCCUGUCAGGAGCCAUCUGCAAAAUUUGUCCGGCCUCAUCACUGGAGAGACAUCAUCUGCAUGAUCCUUCAGACCACGGAAGAGUCCAGCGGAGACAAUAAGAAGUGGGCCAACACGAUGCUGGAUGUGAUUCUGAGAGAUCCUGCCACCUGGCUGACAGAUGUGCCAGAGAUUCUGGUGUUCAUCCAGAGAAACCUGGGAAGCAACAACGCAUCAGCACAUCAGAUCCUCUUCUCUGUGCUGGAUGUACUGGCCAUGGAGUUUCCCAGGGAUGUGCUGAUGAGUGUGCUGAUUGACCUUCCUGAGAAUGACAGUACCACCCUGGACAUCUGGAACAGAUUGCUUUCACUGGCAUUGACUUCAGAGCACUUCUUGGCUGAACUGUUCAGUAUCCUCCAAAGCCAAAUGCUGUGUGGGAUCUUGAAUGUCACCAAAACGAGGCUGGGCUUCCUUCUUCUGGCUGUGAUGCAUCCCACUGAAGAGAAACUGCAAGAGCUGUAUAAGCCAGAACUGCUUCAGGUGCUUUUGAAGGUUAAAAGCCUGCCAAUACUCUGGCUAGUGCUCAAAGGCCUUUUGCUGAUGUCAGAGAGACCUGAGAUGGCAAGAGGAAUAGGGGACCUGCUGCCAAAUAUCAUGGAGACACUGCAGUUUGCGAACAAUGCGAACACACGUAUUGCUCUGAUGGCAGUGAAGAUCUUCGCAAAUGUGAUGAGUCAUCCAGGGAAGAGAAGGUUCUCUUCCAUUGCUGUGAAUCUGGCUUGGAAGCUCCUGCAUCUUUUCAAUCAUGUGUCAAGUGAAGUGCGAGAAGGUUCCAUCCGCCUCUUCAAGGAUGUGAUGGAAGCAGUGACGUUCUGUGAAAAGAGAAGCAUGAAGAACGUCGUGUGCACAGGCCUGCUUCCUCUGCUGUUUCAAAUGAGUGAUGAGACCCCAAGCGUUGCAGAGGCCUCUAGGGAAACCCUCAUAGCUUGUGCAAAGUUCCUCGGGUGGAAGACGCUCAAGCGCCUGGCCCAGAGAAAGAGAAAAAUGGAGAUCAAGGAGUGUUUGCUGCAGCAGAGCAGGAGGAGAGUGGAUGAAUACCUGUGGCAGAGCCUGUCAUACCUAGACGAUUCUCAGGCCCCUUUGCGAUAUGAGGCUGUUGAAUUCAUUGGGCUGGCUAUGCAGCACUCCAGGAAACAAGGUCGGGAGAAGCUGAAUGCAAUCUGCAGCGCCCUCCAGCCUUUGAAAAAUGAUGCCCACCCAGCAGUCCGUUCUGUGGCAACUGGAGUAAUUGACAGAUGUCAAACGAAUACGGCAGUACGACGACAGAGCUGGCUCAGAUCACUGUGCUGCUGCUGUCAGCCUUUGUCAAGAUGGCUCUGAUUAAACCUCCAAUGACACAGCUGUUCCCUUGCAUGGGGAUACAUAUCCAUUUUUGGACUGGAUAGUCAGCAACAGCAUGCAGUUCCACUGAAGGACAUACCAGAUCUUUAAACUGGCAUACAUUGUUCCUAAGGACCCCAUCGCCUUUUCUUCAAGGUCUUUCAAGGCCACUACCCCAUCAAUGUACAAAAUAAGACAUGGAAGAACAGUGGGUGGGGGCAAUAUAGUCUGCAGGGGACUAAUUUGCAUCCCUUUGUUUCUGCCCCUGCAAAGACGUCCAUCCUUAGGAACAUGACUUGUAUUAAACUUGGAUCACAAAGCCUUCCAAGAUGUCACACAGGCCAAGUCACAGAAUCACAGUUAUCAAGGUUGGAAAAGACCUAGAAGAUCAUCUACUCCAACCAUUACCAAUAAUUCCCAGCUAAAUCAUAUCCCUCAACACAAUGUCCAAACAUCUCUUGAACACCCCCACGGUCGGCGACUCUACCACCUCCCUGGGCAGUGCAUUCCAAUGCCUCACCACCUUUUCUGAGAAGUAAUAUUUCCUAAUGUCACU